UCGGCAAUUUCAUUGGUCUAAUGAAAGCUUCAUGCCGCCAAAAAACUGAGCACGUCACAGAAUGUGUUUUUUUGGAGAAAAAAAAUGUGAAAGCGGGAAAAACCCGUCAUUGUUUAAGCCGUGAUGUUCAAAGCGUGGGAAAAAAGUUGCGGCUUAUAGUCCGGAAUUUACGGUAGUAAAAUAAAGGUUAAAUAAAUAAAAUUUAAAAAACACACAAAUGUAAAAACAUUGUAUUGGUAUAAACCUGGAGUAGAGUUUCCAUUUACCACUCAUUUCCUUUCAAGUGAACAAGUGCAUACUUUGGGAGGAAGGAGAGAGAAUUGGGACAUAGCCUUGUCCCUACCCAUAUCUACUGUUCAAACCCUAACUUAAACACAGAUCUAGGAUCAGGUUCCCCAUGCCCCAGUCUUAACCUGAACCAUUAUGGAGAUCUGACCUCUGAUCAGCGGUUAAAGACAACUUCUACUCAACAGAACAGAAGGACCCAUGUGUAUGAAAUCCUAUAAAUGCUGAGUCAAUCGAUUUUAACGAAUCGAUAAUCAAAUCAAUCAGUUACAUUCCACCAUCAACCAAUCAAAUGACCUCCCACUGAUCUGGGACCAAUAUUGACCGACUGAUCGAACUGAUCGACUUUCUACUAUUAAUGAUCAAUCAGGGUAUUGUUUUUGUAUUGAUUAGGGAUUCCUGUUAGGGAUUUACUGUCAGAGAUUUACUGUCAGAAUACUAGAACUGUUAUGACGUGUUAGCAUCAUGUUGUUACAGGGAGGGAUGCUGAAUAUACGUAGCCUCCUUGGUACUGUCACCACCACCACUGUCACAACUUCCGCCGAACGCCGCCCGAACAAGGAGAGGAGCCGACUUCGGCAGAAGUCGUGACAACCACCACCUCACACACCAUGUUACGUUACUGUAAAAGUGUGCCAAAGCAGGGUCAGAUUUCAGGGUCCAGUGUCCUCCAUUACAGGAAGACACACUGCAGCCAUUUUGUGCCACAGAGCCCAACAACCACACCUCAGAAUAGCAUUCACUGCAACUGGAAACACACAGACACACCAGGGUUCAUCUCCAAUAGUCUGUCAACCCAGUCCAACCACCCAUCUCUAGAUAUCGCUCUGAGACCAGGGCCCAUUCCCUCUAUAGUGACCUGCUAUUGACCAGGGCCCAUUCCCUCUAUAGUAACCUGCUAUUGACCAGGGCCCAUUCCCUCUAUAGUGACCUGCUAUUGACCAGGGCCCAUUCCCUCUAUAGUCACCUGCUAUUGACCAGGGAGGGCCCAUUCCCUCUAUAGUGACCUGCUAUUGACCAGGGCCCAUUCCCUCUAUAGUGACCUGCUAUUGACCAGGGCCCAUUCCCUCUAUAGUAACCUGCUAUUGACCAGGGCCCAUUCCCUCUAUAGUGACCUGCUAUUGACCAGGGCCCAUUCCCUCUAUAGUGACCUGCUAUUGACCAGGGAGGGCCCAUUCCCUCUAUAGUGACCUGCUAUUGACCAGGGCCCUGGCCCAGUAGAAAGUAGUGCACUGCAUAGGGAAUAGGGUGCGAUUUCAGACACUGUCUAGGAAUUAUCUGACCACUGCCAAACAGGGAUGUUGUAGUUGAUACUUAACCAGGGGAGUUAGUUAGUACUAGUUUAGUUUACCAGGGGAGUUAGUUAGUACAAGUUUACUUAACCAGGGGGGUUAGUUAGUACUUGGUUACUUAACCAGGGGGGUUAGUUAGUACUUGGUUACUUAACCAGGGGGGUUAGUUAGUACUUGGUUAGUUAACUGGUUAUUAGUACCAGGGGGUUGGGAGGUGUUCUGUAACUGUUUAAAGAGAGAUCUGAUUAUAUUAACAAGCAGUUAAAUGUGUCAAACAGUAAAAUACUGGAAAGAGAUUUUUUUUCUUGUGUCAAGAGUGACUGGGUAUGAUGAGGAGGAUUACAAUGAGGAUGAUGAUGAGGAUGAUGAUGAGAAUGAGGAUGAUGAUGACAAUGAGGAUGAUGAUGAGGAUGAUAAUGAGGAUGAUGAUGACAAUGAGGAUGAUAAUGAGGAUGAUGACAAUGAUGAGGAUGACAAUGAGGAUGAUGAUGAGGAUGAUGAUGAUGAUGACAAUGAGGAUGAUGAUGAUAAUGAGGAUGAUGACAAUGAUGAGGAUGACAAUGAGGAUGAUGACAAUGAUGAGGAUGAUGACAAUGAUGAGGAUGAUGACAAUGAUGAGGAUGAUAAUGAGGAUAAUGAUAAUGAGGAUAAUGAUGAUUGCUGAAUCUUGUUUUGUGUGUCUGCUGAGCUAAAGGCUAUAGGCCUUAUCUGAUCUUGGGGAGUUAACUCAAGUGUCUACUGUCUUACAGGAAACUUACAGAGAUUUGUAAAGAUGUAGGGAGAUGGUGUGUGUCGUUGAUCUUGUAAGUGUAAAUCUGUCUUCUGAUUGGAUGAUAAUAUAAUAUAACUCAACUCA